AUGGCUCUUACUCGCCCAGGCCAGAUCUACCGGUCAUGCCUUUUCCAAAUCAUCAUCGUCGGGCUUGUGGCUUUUUGUGAGCCCGGCAUUUGGACAGCACUGAACAACCUCGGGGCCGGAGGCAACGCAAAACCGUUCCUAAACAACGCCGCAAAUGCUCUCACCUACGGGCUCAUGUCUGUGGGGUGUUUUAUUGCGGGAGGCGUCACCAACAAAAUCACAGCGAAAUGGACACUGUUUAUCGGCGCGGCGUUCUAUACACCGUACGCAGCCGGAUUGUAUUGCAACAAUCGCUAUGGAAACGAAUGGUUUCUGUUGCUCGGAGCAGGAUUUUGCGGUAUCGGAGCAUCGCUCCUGUGGGCGAGUGAAGCCGCCAUCGCUGUCGGCUACCCCGAGGCGGACAAGAGAGGCCGAUAUGUCGAAAUCUGGAUGGGUAUCCGACAAAUGGGUCCUCUUGUAGGCGGUGCCAUCUCUCUUGCAUUGAACAUCAAGACAUCCCAAAAGGGCAAAGUUACCUACACGACAUACCUGGGUCUCGUUGCCAUCUCAUCACUUGGAGCGCCGUUUGCUCUGCUUCUGUCACAACCUCAGAAGGUCAUCAGAACCGACGGUACAAAGAUUCCAUAUAUGAGGAAGACCAACUUUGGCACUGAAGCCCGUGCAAUCUGGAAACAGCUGAAGAACAAGUACAUGCUGCUGCUUAUUCCCGUCUUCUUGGCUGGGCAAUUCGGCACGACGUACCAAGGAAACUAUCUCACAACUUACUUUACCGUCCGGUCCAGAGCUCUGGCAUCGUUCCUGACAGCCGUCGUCGGCGCAGCCGCAAACAUAACCACCGGCGCAAUCCUGGACAUGAAGCGUUUCGAGCGCUCCACCAAAUCCAAGGCCGUCUAUCUCCUGGUCCUGACCUUUGUCACCGCUGCUUGGACAUGGAAUGCCGUCAUCGAGACCCGUCUCUCCUCCAUGGCGGACCCGCCAUCCUUCGAUCUCGGCGAUGGCCCGUUCUUCAAUUCCGCGUUCACGGUCUACAUGUUCUUCAAGUUCUUUUACGAGAUGCUGCAGACGUACAUCUACUGGCUCAUGGCCGAGAUCAAGGGAGCGCAGGGAAAUGGUGAUAUCGCGCGCACGACAGGCAUCCUAAGGUCUUGGGAGUCUAUUGGAAGCACGAUUGCGUAUGCUGUGGGCGCGACGCAUUGGCCGAACAAGAACCAAAUGAUUCUAGGCUUCUCGCUGUGGGCCUUCACGAUCCCUUUUACGCUGCUUGCGGUCUUUGGCAAUUGGAAUCAGAGUGUUGAGGAUGAGGUCGAAAACUCGGAUGAGACUGAGAGUGAUCUUGAAAGAGUAGCAGUGCAGGGGAAGACGGAUGCAGUGUGA